CAUUUGCUCCCAGCAGCCAAAGCAAAGAGAAAGAGGAACAAUAUUGAAAUGUGUUUUGCGUCUCUCUAUCCAUGAUAUAAAGGAGCUUUUCCAGCGUGGUUGAGCGCACUCCUAUGGACGGUGGAGAGUCCCGGGGCUCGGAGCAGUCAAGGGGGACCCCGACCCCGAGUAGAAGCGGAGUUGACGGCUGGCAUAACGGGCCUAGUGGCCCGUGUCGACUCUGACCAACCUGGCCAUGCGGAUCACGUAGGCCUCGUCCCACUGCAUGAAAACCCCUCCCUCCUGGGGGCCCCGGGCUCCCUGGCAAGGAGGGAGCAGAAUUCACGCGUGCCGCUGCUCAGGUAUGCAGCGCCGGGGCGGGGCCCGUAGGUGGGGCCUAUGCAAAUCAGCGCGGGCAGAUUGGGAGCGCUGAGUUUGCGCAUCCGGGGCGGGCCUACAUAAUCCGGGUCUUGAACUGGGGCGGGGCCAGCACGAUCCGGAGUUGAGCAUGCGCAUUCUCGAUCCUGGCCUGAAGAACUGGGCCCGCUUGUUCCAAAACGGGCGGGUACGUGAGUUGGGCAUGCGUGGUCGGAGGCCGGGCCCUCUCAGCUGGGGUGGAGCCUACUCACUCUGGGGCGGGGCCUGCGGGAAGAUAGACAUGGGCUGUCGCGGCUUGAGGAGGGGCGUGGCCCAAGGGGCGGGACCUCGGGUGGCCCGAGGUGGCCCGGCUGCUGGGUUGGAAGCGGCGUAAUCCGACUCAUCCCGGCCCCGGGAUGGCGUCCCCACGGGAAUUGACCCAGAACCCCCUGAAGAAGAUCUGGAUGCCAUACAGCAAUGGGCGGCCCGCUCUGCACGCUUGCCAGCGCGGUGUGUGCAUGACCAACUGCCCAACGCUCAUUGUCAUGGUGGGCCUGCCCGCCAGGGGCAAGACCUACAUCUCCAAGAAGCUCACUCGAUACCUGAACUGGAUUGGUGUGCCUACUCGGGAGUUCAAUGUUGGCCAGUAUCGCCGGAACAUGGUCAAGACCUACAAAUCUUUUGAAUUUUUUCUCCCUGACAAUGAAGAGGGCCUGAAAAUCAGGAAGCAGUGUGCCCUGGCAGCUCUCCGUGACGUCCGGCGAUUCCUUAGUGAGGAGGGGGGACAUGUGGCGGUUUUUGAUGCCACAAACACCACCCGAGAACGGAGAGCAACCAUCUUUAAUUUUGGAGAACAGAAUGGCUACAAGACCUUUUUUGUCGAGUCCAUCUGUGUGGAUCCCGAGGUCAUAGCUGCCAACAUCGUGCAAGUGAAACUGGGCAGCCCUGACUAUGUUAACCGCGACAGUGAUGAGGCCACCGAGGACUUCAUGAGGCGCAUUGAAUGCUAUGAGAACUCCUACGAGUCGCUAGAUGAGGACCUGGAUAGGGACCUGUCCUAUAUCAAGAUCAUGGAUGUGGGUCAGAGCUACGUGGUGAACCGUGUAGCUGACCACAUCCAGAGCCGCAUCGUAUAUUACCUCAUGAACAUCCACGUGACCCCCCGCUCCAUCUACCUCUGCCGGCACGGGGAGAGUGAGCUCAACCUCAAGGGCCGGAUUGGCGGGGACCCAGGACUGUCCCCCCGGGGCAGGGAGUUUGCCAAGAGUCUGGCCCAGUUCAUCAGUGACCAGAAUAUCAAGGAUCUGAAGGUCUGGACAAGCCAGAUGAAGAGGACAAUCCAGACGGCUGAGGCGCUAGGUGUGCCCUAUGAACAGUGGAAGGUCCUCAACGAGAUCGACGCGGGCGUCUGUGAGGAAAUGACCUAUGAGGAAAUUCAGGAUAAUUACCCACUGGAGUUCGCCCUGCGGGACCAGGACAAGUACCGGUACCGGUACCCUAAAGGGGAGUCCUACGAGGACCUGGUCCAGAGACUGGAGCCUGUCAUCAUGGAGCUGGAGAGGCAAGAGAAUGUGCUGGUCAUCUGCCACCAGGCUGUGAUGCGCUGCCUGCUGGCCUACUUCCUCGACAAGGCAGCAGAACAGCUGCCCUACCUCAAGUGUCCACUGCACACAGUCCUGAAGCUGACCCCUGUGGCAUACGGUUGUAAAGUGGAGUCCAUAUUCCUGAAUGUGGCCGCUGUGAACACGCACCGGGACAGGCCUCAGAACGUGGACAUCUCAAGACCUCCAGAGGAAGCCCUUGUCACGGUGCCUGCUCACCAGUGACCACGUUCAUCCACUGUGACCACUAGGCAGGCACUGGUCUCUGCAGAGGGGGUCAUUCCAGGCCCUCCAGUGUGUGUGAUAGUCACCAUGCCAUGCAGGGAUAUUCUUGAAGCCACAUAUGGCUGGCGGAACCCAGAACCCCCGCCCCAGCGCACCUGGCUGUUUGUUGACAGUCGGCAACAAGGUUGUGCAUGGCUCCUGACCUGCUGCUAAGAGUCCCUUGACCAGCCUGCAUCUGCAUGGGCUGUGCGGAGGUUGCCCAGCCCCAGGUUCUUCCGGCGCAGCUCUUAGGUGUUCACUCUCGCCAGCUCAGUUGGCUUUGUGAAGUGUGAAACCCUACAAUGUGAAAGGAAAGUGCUUGCUGUGAUGUUCCUACUGUGGCCCAGCUGCCCAGCGUGGACCUGGUGACUCUCCGCAGGGCCUCUACCAUCCUCUCUGUGGCCACUGCCUGAGCCAGAGGCCAGGUGUUCAUGGGGCCCUGAGCUUCUGCUGCCUCUGGUGAGAGGGAGAGCCCUUCUCAUCCUUACCCACCAGGAACUAGAGCCCCAACCACAGCAGAUGCUUCCCAGGCAGCCACUGGCCAGGCCCUUGUAUCCAUGUCACCCUUAUUUGCGGGCAUUCAUGGAAGCAAUGCGCUUGCUUUGGCACAUUGCAAUGCACAGAAAUGUGCAGGCAGGGGGGCAGUUGUGGUCGCCCCUCCCCUGUUGUGCAUGUACCCAGCUACUUAGGUAUGCUUAGGGGAGCUGGUGGCCAGGGACGCCCCUUCAGGCCUGCUGUCACAGUAAAACCACCUCAAGACAGGGUAGGCAUACGAGUUACCUUCCAGGUGCACACACCGAAGUGCUCGAGGGAGAGGCUGCCGCCCCCUCUCCCUUUCCCUGGCUGUGAACACUGGCAGCCGAUGGGGAGGUGGCCUCUCACCUGUUGCUGCCCGUGUCCACACAGGAAUGUACACUGGUGGCAGAGACAUGCAUUUGCCAUAAAUGAUUCAGAAACACUUGUAUGGUCCUGUAAAACUUUUCUGGUGUUUGUUGACUUCUGCCUGUGGGCCUGAGGAAGGGAGAAGGCAGAACCCAUAGGCAGUCCCUGGGCAAGGGAGGAUUUUCCCAGCUGCAGCACAGCUUUCCAUUCAUGUGCAUGUGAGUCUGGUGAAAAUGGCCUUGUGUAGUCCAGUGUCUGUCAUGCCCCUGAGUUCUUUUGGUCCCAGAGAUGCAGCCUGGGCAGUCUGUUUACAGCUGGCAAACACUGGCUGGCAAGUUGUGCUGCUGGGCCAGAAAGUGUCUGGACUGGUAAUCGGGUGCCCUGCUGUCCACAGGUGGACUCUAGGGAAGCCAGGCCCCUGGAUCCCAAGUCCUUUGUGUCCGGAGCCUUACCUGGCCUGUGCCUGGAACGUAGCACAUCUUUCCAGCCUCCCAGGGCUUUGCAGCCUGCAGAUGCCACCUGCCCCUGAGAGAAGUUAGCAUCCCUGGCCCUGGCUGGUGGUCUCUCAUCCUUGUGUGCUGCUCUCCUAAGAGAUGUUCAAGGCAGAGCAGGGGCAGGAUCCUCUUUCCACACUCAUCUGUCAGAGCCCCAAACCCUUUAGACCCACAGCCCAAGGACCAUGCCACUCCCUUUGGGGCAUGGGGACUGCAGCCUUUGCUUCUGUGUCUUUUGGAGUUUCGGUGACUUUUGUCACCUGGACACACUCACUUGUUAGCCAUAGUGGGUCCCCUUGGUCAGCAGCAGUGCAUGUACCUCUGGAUGUCACCUGAGGUGAGACCACUGAGGCCUUUUCUCUCUGUGUACAGAGGGGAGUUAGGAGCUGCUGGACUGGAUGCAUUACAAGGACUGGGGACAGGGCAGAGGGACGUCCAGGGAUCAGGGCAUGAGUGGGGGCAGCCCCCCGGCCUCUGCCCUGGCAUGGUCUCCGCAUGGGCUGUGGCAUGGCUGAUUGGCUGCCACAUUUCGGCCAUGUGGGCUGGCGUGCCCAUGUUGCAGAUAUUUUCCCGAGUUCCCCAGAGUGGAUGGUAUCGAAUCUCAGCCACAUGCAACACUGUGUCCAGCAUUCUUUGCAAUAAAUACUUUUUAAAAAAUAA